AAGUAUGUUUUUCUUUUUGCUGUUCUGUGAUGUUAUUGUGGUAGAUUUCCAUUGUUUGUAUAAUGCGAUAAAUUUCAUUUUUUGUUGCAAAAAAAAUAAUAAUUUAUUUUUACGCGAGUGUGUUCAACAUUUUUAUAUUUAAACCAACAGCAAAACCAUCCAGAAAUGGUAUUAAGGGAAAAGGUAUCGAAUGCCAGCAAUCCAAUUGUGUAUCUGGAUAUCCGUAUUGGACACGAAGACGUCGGUCGGUUGAUAAUUGAACUGCGGUCGGAUGUCGUUCCUAAGACGGCUGAGAAUUUCCGUGCCUUAUGUACAGGCGAAAAGGGAAUCGGAACAUUCGGUAAGCCCCUACACUACAAAGGUACCAAAUUCCACAAAGUCCAAAGACUUUUCAUGGUACAAGGGGGAGACCUAGUAUCUGAUGAUUGUGGAUCCGGUGGCGAGAGUAUAUACGGACCAUUUUUCGAAGAUGAAAAUUUUAUUCUACCGCAUGACGCUGGUGCGGUUAGCAUGGCCAAUUUUGGAAAGCCCAAUACCAACAAUUCUCAAUUUUUUAUAACGUCCGAUGAGUGCUUCAAUUUGGAUGGAACGAAUGUGGUUUUUGGCUAUGUUCUUCGGGGUCAAGGCAUAAUCACUGAAAUGGAGAAAUUCGCGACAAAUGACGCUCAACCGACGAGGGACAUUGUCAUUGUUGACUGUGGUGAAAUACGUGCUGGCGAAGAUUGGAACUAUUGUGACAAUGACGAAACCGAAGACAAACUACCACCAUUUCCACUCGAUUGCCUGGAUAUACAGACCGAUGUAAAUGUGGACGACAUACUGAAAACGCUGAACUCAAUUAAGAAUGCGGGAAAUUACUUUUUCAAACUGAAACGGUAUGCCGAGGCGAUCCACAAAUACAACAAGGCCGAACGGUACUACACUUUCUACAAGAAGAAGUGUAAACUAUCCGCAGAGGACAGAGCACAACUGGAAUCGUUUUACGUAGCGAUUUCAUUGAAUUGUGCGGCAGUUGAACUGAAAUUGUCCAACUAUGUGGAGGCGAAAAAUGCUUGCAAUUCGGUUCUACAGUUGGACAAAUCCAAUUCGAAGGCAUUGUUCCGUCGCGGUCAAGCCGAAAUUGCGUUGAAAAAUUAUGACGAAGCACUGAAAGACCUGUCCAGGGCACAUACGCUGUCGCCGGGUAGUACAAUUAUUUUAAAUGAAUUUGAACGCGGAAAGAAGUUUUGGCUGGAUUAUCAUUCGGAGCAGAAGGAAAUCUACAGGAAUUUGUUCAAAUAGAUUUGAACGGUUGCCGUAGCGGAGAUGGAUCUCCGUAUUUUUUAGUUUUUGUUUUUAGUUUGUUAAAUCUUACGUCGUACCUGCUAAUCGUCUGAGACAACAUGGAAUACGAGAACUCAAUUCCUCAAGUGUAAUUUCCCUUUUCAAAUGACUAUGCCAUUCUGCUACCGUAACCAAAGGUGUAAAAUUAGAGAGGAUUGUUCGAAAAAACGAUAAAAAAUACCUGAACCGAUCGACAUUUUUAUCGGUUUUUUGGUUUUAAAAGUCUUAUUCGAGUCGAAUCGGUUUUCGAUAACUUUCGUCGUGUUAGCGAGCCAUGGGUGUCAAAAGUGUUCAGGAUCGGUUUUCGUAUUCGAAAAAUGGCCUCUACACCUCUAGUGUAAUAUUAUUAAGACAAUGAGAGUGGUGCAUGCGUGGCGAUUGCCAAUUAUUUUUUUGUUUAAUUUGUUCAAGAGUUACACAAACUGAUGGGUCAGUGAAUUGUGUGAAAAUUUUUGCUGAUCUUUGGAAUUUUAAUCGCUGACCACUCAGUGAUGAGUGAAAUUGGUGAAUUCGUAUCUAUUAAAGGAAGAGCGAACUUA